UUACCGCCACCCCAUGGUCACACUGAUAACACCGACACUUUCUUUUUACGUCGAACAUUUUCAAGCGGAAGUCAAAAAUUGCUCCUUGAAUUUUGUUCAUUUUCUUAGUUUUAAAUCUCCAAAUGCUGCUGAAAUCGGUGACUGUGAGUGGGGUGGACCACGUGUUCGCCUGCAGUGAGGGAGAGCAUGACGAAACCCUGACUAUCCACGUCCUCCAACCCGGCCAGAACUUGAGCUACUCCGAGACAUUGCAAAAAUACGAUUACCAGCAGCGUUUGAAAACGCUCAACGCACGCGUAAAGUUUCCGGAGGCAUCGGUGCGUCUGAUCCUGGUCAACGAGGAUCCAUUGAUUGCCGAAGAGCAACCGGAGCACCCAUUCAUGAUCUGGAAGAUGAAGUAUUUCAUGGGCAGUUCUGUUGCAUCCCUCAAGUGGGAAUGGCACAUGAUUCCCACGGAUGGCGUGCAUGUGAGCAACUGAUUAGUGCAGACGCAGUUUGAAGCAGAACUAUAAUGA